AUGACUUUGGAGAAAAGAACUUUGACUGUUCCAACGGAGGACCCAAAUAAGAGACCAAAGACGACAUCAAAGACCCCACGAAAAAUCGACAAAGCCUUCCUCCCUCUUCCACCCAUAGAAGCUGUCAUACCCGAUCGAGGCGUCCCAAAACCUGAUAUCUUCGAUGAAGUACCCUUAGGACCUUAUGUAUCAAGCGCAGAUGCAAAGCUAGCCUACAAAGUUUGGAGUCUGCCAGAUCAGGCUCUUGGAGAGGCAUGGAAAGGAAAGGAAGACCGGCCGUAUUGUGAAGACCCGACUGAUAGUGUGACUCAUGCAUUAUCACACAAUGUUUACGAGCACUUGAUGACCAAUCCACUACUCCCCAUAUCGCGAGAAGAUGCAUCUGGCAGUUUUGAGGCCGACGGGCUAAAUAGAGAUUGGAAUGCCUCUCUCAUCAUCGAUGAGUUCAGAGACAGUCUUCUCCAGGAGAGUUCUAUUCGUGAUAUCUCACUCUGGAGCAAAAAGGCCAUUCGAAAACUUUUGAAAAGUCGAGAUUUAACCGUUUCCGGGGAUGAGCAUCAGGAUGACUUGAUAAAACGAGCUCAGCAAGACGAGCUAGAAAAGCACUGUGGAAUAGUGCCUCUGAGUGAUCUUGAGCACUGGAGCAUUAAACGCCCCCAGAAAUACGCUGUCCAGCCCUAUGGAAACGAACACAUGUCAACACUUUCUAUGUAUACCUUCGCUAUUCACCUAAGCCCCUACAACCCUACCUAUUGGGUUUCUCGUGCCUACUGUCAUUACCAGCAAGCAUAUCUUGAUCUAGCUCUGGGAGAUGCAUACCGUGCAAAAGUCCUCUGUGAUGUUCUAGUUAAAGCAAGCGAGCGAAGUCGACGAGUAGGUCUCUACCCAAAAAUGUGGCAUGCAAUAGAGCAGCACCUCCUCGCCAAACCACGGGGAGACAAUAUACUGAAACCCGAGAUUCAACAACUGAGAGAAAAAGGUCCAGUAUAUUUUAUUAACUGCCUCACGAAGGCCCUCGAUAACAUCAUAGUUUUGAGUCUAGCAGGACUAGGUUGUUGGCACGAUUUAGAUCCUAAAUACAGCAACCUCGGCUCGACUUCCAUUCUGCAUACACAAGAUCGAGAUGGCCGAGUACCACGACUUCGAAAGGAGGUUUUAGCGAUAGUGGAACAAAAACAUAAGAUGCAAAUCAGAAAUAACCUUGAGCUAUUUUGGCACGAGCGUUUCACUGGACGUUUAUUGGCUGAUCGAGUAUAUCCGUAUGAACCAACUGAUGUGGAUCUUGGUAAGCCAGAUUUCGUGAAAACCAUCAACCGGAAUAUCUUCCAGGACAAAAAUGAUCCUGGUGACUUUAAAAAAGUAUGUCGGGUCGAAAAGCUGGAAGAUUCAAGUGGUGGUCCUAUUGGGGUAUUCGCCAAGAGCAAUAUAAAAGCUGGUCAGCUAGUUUAUUAUGAAGAGCCAACAAUACGGGGCCAUCUUCGACCUCGUCGAAUGGAAAGAGAUGAGACAGCUGGAAAGGAAGAUCCAAAAUGUGAUAAUUGCCAGCGAGCUAUGAGUCGGAUCGAGAAGUUUGAAUCACCAUGUGCCUGUUGCCAGGAUAUAGGCAAGCCUAGUCCCGAUGAUCGAAAUUUCUGCCGUCGAUCGAAGGAAAAGCAGUCAGCGAGCUGUAAAGAACUUGCAAGCCAAAUACAUCACUUCAGCAGCUGUGGUAAAGACUGGUCAUGGUUGCACAAUGCUAUAAGACCCAUCAUCAAGGAAUGGAAAGGAGAGGAGUACGUACUUCAAUGCAAUGAUGUGCAUGGCACGAUGCAUAGUCUUCUUCUGCGGAACAUAUUCGAGAUCACACUGCAUCGUCGCGAUAACAACCCUAAUCUAUCCCCAUUGGAAAUAAACGAGCUGCUUGUACUUGAUGAUGAGCGUGAAUGCAAGAAAGGCUACUUCCCGUUCUCAUACAUCGGUAACAUCACCGUCCCAUUUGACAUCCUGACAUCUUUGGGCGUCGAUAUCUUUCGUGAUUUCUCGUGCGACACGUGGGUAAUUCAAAGAAUCUUGCAGAAGCUUCUUAUCUAUGCUGUUCCCUGGGAUCCAGAGCGUUGUGAUCAAGCAUCUGAAUUUGUACCUGGAGAUAUAGACAAGACUCCCGAGCAUCCUGACAGGCAAGAUGAGAGAAUCCAAGAGGGGAGGUCAUUCAAAAAAUGGGACCCAUCGUUCAUGAAUUUGCACCUUUUCCCAGGACUCAGCAUGUUCCGUCAAGUUGUCUCCGAGAACGCCAGCUGGGGCUAUAGCACCAAAGUCCCUAACCGUGUCAUGAUAUGGGCAAUCAAAGAUAUAAAAAAGGGAGAGGAAAUCGCCAUCCGGAAUCAACAUCACAGUUUCGGUACAUCGGAGAAGAAAUUUGGUCCCACUCCCACGACGCGUAUUAAGCAAGGGAUCAAGUACAGUCGAUCGGGCACACCUGGGGUUAAACCGACUCAUAAGAGGGACUCUGAGUACGCCACAGUGGAUGACAUUCGACUCUCUUUUAAACGCGACGUCCCAGACUCUAAUCCUGUAACUGGUUAUCAGCGUGAUAGAGAGACUGAGCCACGCCACUUCCCUCGUGGACAUGCCCAUGCCCACCCUGAUGUCGAGGAGUGGUUGCAGGAUCUGCUUGAUCUUAAGGUAGAAUCAGGAGAUACGGAAACACUCACGGAAGAUAUCACGGAGGAAGAAUGGCUGGAAUUGAAACAAUUGGGGUUGAAGAAUUAUCGAGAUAAGCAGAGAGCGAAUAUUGAUUUCCUGCGAUCGGAGGUACUAAGUGAAGACCAGAUGAUAGAUGAAGGGGCAGAUCUAAUUAAGCAUUUCAAGCUGCCCAACGAGUCAUGA